AUGGAGGUGAGUUGCAGAAUCAUAUUCUGCAUACUUUUGCUGGCAGCAGUAUCAAUGGAAGGAGCAGAGCCAGAAUCAGAAUCAGAAUCAGAGGAAAGCAGCAUCAUAUCAAGAUUCCAGCAAUACCUGAAAAUCAACACUGCACAACCCACCCCGCGUUACCAGGAAGUGGCGGAUUUUCUGAUAUCGGAAGGCAAAGGGCUCUCCCUGGAAUCCGAAAGCAUAGAGUUUGUUGGAGGGAAACCUCUGGUCCUUCUGAAAUGGGAGGGCAAAAACCCCCACCUUCCCUCCAUCCUCCUCUACUCCCACACCGACGUCGUUCCCUCCGAACACUCCAAGUGGACUCACCACCCCUUCAGCGCCCACCUCGACUCUCACGGCCGCAUCUUCGCCCGAGGCUCCCAGGACAUGAAGUGCGUCGGCAUGCAGUACCUCGAAGCCGUCCGCCGUCUCAAGGCCCGAAACUUCCAGCCCCUCCGCUCUCUCUACCUCGCCUUCUCCCCCGACGAGGAGAUCGGUGGCCACGACGGCGCUGAGAAGUUUGCCCAGUCUGAGAUCUUCCAACGGAUGAAUGUGGGUGUGGUGCUUGACGAAGGUCUGGCUUCCCCUGACGCCCACUACAGGGCCUUCUAUGCUGAGAGGACCCCCUGGUGGAUGGUCAUCAAGUCCGUUGGGGCUCCCGGUCAUGGCUCCAAGCUUUAUGAUAACUCUGCCAUGGAGAAUCUCCUCAAGAGCAUUGAAAGUAUCAGAAGGUUUCGCGCCUCGCAGUUCGAUCUCAUCAAGGCCGGCUUGAAGGCCGAAGGAGACGUUGUCUCUGUUAACAUGGUGUUUCUCAAGGCUGGAACUCCAUCUCCCACUGGUUUUGUCAUGAAUUUGCAGCCGUCUGAAGCAGAAGCUGGAUUUGAUAUUCGGGUGCCACCUACUGCUGAUCCAGAAUCCUUGGAGAGACGCAUUGCUGAAGAGUGGGCUCCUUCGUCCCGCAAUAUGUCAUUCUCUUUCAAACAGAAGGCACCGACGCGCAAUAAGUCUGGGAAACCAAUCCUCACUAAAACCGAUGGUUCCAAUCCCUGGUGGGACCUUUUCGAAAAUGCUGUCCAAAAGGCUGGUGGGAAACUUGGUAAGCCAGAGGUCUUUCCUGCCGCUACUGAUUCACGCUACUUCCGUGAACUUGGAUUACCAGCAAUUGGAUUCUCACCUAUGGCAAACACUCCUGUUCUACUCCAUGACCAUAAUGAGUUUCUGCACAAAGAUGAGUACUUGAAAGGGAUUGAAAUCUACGAGUCAAUAAUCAAGGCAUAUGCAUCAUUCAAUGAUCAUGGAAGAGAUGGAGCAUCUAAAGAUGAGUUAUGA